AUGGGAAAGGAAAACACUUCCCCAGAUUUGGGGGCCCAACCUGUGUUCAACAUACCUAAAGACUUGACUAAAGUUGCUCCUGAAGAUAUUCCAGCAUUGAAAUAUUUGAUGGCUGUUCAGAGUGCUCAAAAGAAUAUUUCUUCAUCAUCCCAUACCGUAGAUAUAGGUAAACAUAAUCAAGUAGGAAGUCAAGUAAGAACUGAAGUCAAAGGAUACAGCGAACCAAAGAUUAAAACUGACUUCAAAUAUUGGCAGUUGAAGUUGUAUGAAGAUUUCAUGAAAUUGAAAGAUGAACUUUACGAACUUUAUAUUUACAAAGAUUUACCUGUAUCGACCUCCACUAAGAAUUGGGUCAAACCGGUAGGCACCGCUGCAUGGAAGAAGUUCAUACAUACCAACCCUCCUUCAACUAUGGAGGUCAUAUUCAAAAGAUUAGAUCAACCCCAGGUUCUUUCAUUACUUGUCCUUUCGAGAAAAAUGUUGAAUUCCAAGUCAAAUACCAACCUAUGUAAAUGGAUAUAUGUGUUGUGUCUUCGGUUGAAUGAUCAAUUGGACUCAAGUGAUAUAUCUGUUGUAAGAUUAUUAGCCCAGCGAUGUUUAAGGAUACUUCAACAACAACAAGAUAAUGAAAACUGGGAAUUAAAUUCUGAUGUUGAGUUCGCUUGUCAUUUCGUUAUUCUUAUAGUCAAUAAGCAUUUUGGCCAAAGAGAUAUCUACUGGGAUACGGAUUGA